AUGUCUUCUGUCUCAAUCAUCCUUCCAAACGGAAGAAUCAUUGAACUUACCUUUAUCCAACCUUCUUGCAUUUAUUCUUCUCUCCUAUUCCUUCCUCUAAUCUUUCCUCUCUCUCUUAUUCUUCUCUCUUCAUCUUUUUCCUUAUCUUGGUCUUUUCUUGUUUUUUUUGUUUUUUUUGUUCUUCUUUUUCUCCUUCUUUCCUCGUCUUUUUUUUUUUCUGUUUUUAAUCUUCCCUUCCCUCAUUUUUUUUUUCCUUUUUUUUCAACUUAUUUACGCUUCUCUUUUUUGGCUUCCUGUUUAAUUUCAUUCUUUUCUUCCUUACUAGAUUCUCUCCACGUUUUUCUUCGAGUUCCACUUUUCUGUCGACUUUCUUUCCUACCCUCGUCUCCAUUUUUACUCUUCUCCACUUCUGACUGCUUUUUUUCUAGUUCCUCUUCUCUCUUCAUCUUCGCCACUAUCCUCUUCUUUUAUUCGAUUUCCUCUUCUUUCUUCUCUCCCCUUCCUACCAUUCUUGGCACACGCAUUUACUCAAUGCUCUUUUUCUUUUGUUGUACAACUUUUACUCUUUUUUCGUUUCUCUUUUACAUUCUCCCAUUUUCUGCUUUCUCUCUUCUUUCAAACCAUUCCAGCCUUUCUUUCUUUUUAUACUUAUUUCUUUCUCUUAUUUCUCUCUUUACUUCUUCUCUUUCUAUAAAAAAAAAAGAAGUCUUGACGCCAGUCACAGAUGAAUCUUUAUUUUUUGUUCUUAUAAUUUUUCUUUAUUCCUCCUUUCUUCUUUGGUUUAAUUCUCUUUCCGUUCUUUUUCGUUAUCUUUCUUCAUAUUUGUUUUUAAUUCUUUCUUUCUGUUUACUUUUUCAUUUCUUUUUCUUUCUUUUUUCCUUAAUUCUUUCUUGCUCUUUUAUUCUUUUUUCCGUUCAUUUUAGCGUUUAUUUCUCUUUAUUCUUUUUUUGUUAUUUAAUUUUUUUUUUCCUUAUUCUCGUUUUUUUUUCUUGGUUAAUUCAUUCAGGAUCUUUCAUUUCUUCUUUCUCUUCGUUUUUCUUUCUUUUAAUGCAUCUUCUCUUUUUAUUUAAUCCUCUUUCUUUUGUUUUCUCAUCUUUUUUCUUCAUCUUUAAUUCUUUUAGCUUUUGUUUCCUUCUUGUUUAUUUUUUCUUAUCAUUCUUUGAGACUUUACGCAAAGACACACUCUCUUUUUUAAUUAUUGUUUUCUUCUUGCUUAUUGUCUUUCUUUGCUCCAUACACUGUUUCUAG